AUGCGCCGCCCUCACCGGCCUCGUCGCUCAAGUCAAGACAAAGACAGCAGGACGGCACAGGGACAGGGACAGUGGCAGGUGUCGGAGCAGGAACAGCAGCAGCAGGGACCAGGAAUACAGCAACGUCUCACCGAUCUGUCCAAAUCACCGUACCUGGGCAAGGCGAGCACGGAAACACACAUGCUAACAACGGCCAAGAUGAAGACGAUACAGGUUCCACCUCGUCACGGUCCUCUUAUUCGACAUACUCAUCCUCAACAGGUUCCUUACACGCCCUUGACCACCACAGCCACAAAGGACAUUCCCAUGGAGAAGGUUGCGAGCCUGGAGAGGAGGAGGAGGAAGAAGCCAGUUCUCGACUUCUUGCCUUCCUCCGCCGAGUCUGACGAGUAUAUCGUGCAUUGGGAUCGAUUCGGAGAAGGCGCCAUAGGAUGGACAAUCGCCUUCGCAGCCCGAACACCACUCUUUGCCCUCUUCUCAAAAACCCUCUCCCGCUCCCACAACCCACAGGAAGACUUCUACCUCUGCGAAUGGUCAACCCUCCUCUCCGCCGGCGCACUCGAAGAGACCCUCCGCCUCGCCAUCAUCUUGUUCCUAGGGAUCGGGGAGGACUUUGGAGCAGUCUAUUGGUUAGGGUUGGGUUGGGCAGGUGUCGAGACGGUUUAUUAUAUUGGGCAGAGUUUGAUUUAUACACGGUGGUUGGCGUCGCCGUCGUCGGAUGAAGAUUAUCGGACUGUUGCGACGGGAAUUGGUAACGGGGUAGCGGCGACGACGAAGAUGGUUGUGGCGCCAACAGUAUCCACUUCUUUGCUUGCAUCCGCGAACGCCUCAGCAGGAGGACCAUCCACAUCGACCUCCACGUCAGAAACGCCGUCAAGCCUCGAAUCAGGAUACACCAACGGCAAAAGUCGACUCACCAACCACACCGCCAUUGAAGAAGCUGAAGACCUCGUCCCAACCCGCGAAGCACGGCAUCUCUUGGGCCUAGACCGCCCCUGGUGGAGUCUAAUGGGCCGCACAUCCAGCAUGAUGGUCCACAUCGGUCUCUGUUGCUGGCUCGGCCACUCGGGUUGGAGACUCCUCCUCCCCGCCGCAGCGGUUCAUGGAUCGUUGUAUGUGAUUUGGGGUGUGUUUAUGCCCGAUGGGUGGAGUGUCCCUGCGACCAGUUACGGGACCUGGAUUGCGGCGCUGGGGGUGUUUCUUAUCGGUUUGGCGCUCUAUGGCGAGAUCGUCUAG